AUGGCUGGUAAGAAGAAGACUAAAAAGCCCGCGGCCAACCCCGCGCGCGGGUUUGCAACAACAUCCGUUGCGUCCAAAGCUCGAGUCGACCCGGUUGAAGCUCCCAGCGAUGAGACCCUGGUCAACAAAACCGAGAGCACCCCGCCAGCGAAGGAUGCCCCGCAAACAACAAAUAGCAGCAACACCAACAAAGGCGACGAGAAGGCGCCGGCCAAACAGCUAAGUCCCGAAGAAUUUGAGAAGCAGCUGGAGGAGUCGGAACUACAGCUUCUUGUCGAAAAGUACGCCCAGAAAGUUAGGAAGGAUGCCCAGCGACAGAGGACCCGCCUUGAGACCGACCGACGAUUACUACGGGGCACGGCCGAGAGCAUCAACAUACGAAAAUGGCUACCGCCAGAGCUUAUGGACCAUAUUUUGGGUCUGAUCCAAGCGGAGGGCAGGUUUGCAGCUUCCAGUGUCUCGUCCGAGGGCGCGACUAGUAGGCUCCCCCCAGAGGAGGACCUGAUCAUCCGGCUUUGGACUCUGCAGGAGACCUUGGAGAAUUCGGGGUUUCCAAUGGAGAGGAUACAACCGGCGCUGCAGUUUGUUUUGGAUAUUGCACCUAAUAUUCCGUAUAAUUCAAGGAGCGAAGCUACAUGGGGAUUGGAAGAGGUGUUGGACUGGUUCGCGAGGGAAUGCGCGACGGAUGAGCUCCCGGAUUAUUCUGGGCGAAAGAAGGGGGGAAAAGCAGAUUCUACGCCGGAAACGCUCUCAAGAUCUGGCACGCCACUCCAAAUAGACCCUCGAUCAGGAAAGAAUAAAAAUAAGGCACAGGACCGGCCGCGCCAGCACUCGCCAAAACGGCCGGCAGUAACAUACAGCGAAGACAUCGAGCCGGAGCAGUUACUUCCGUUUUAUCUCGCUACAAAGACGGAAUUAUUUGCGAUCCAACGGCCACGGCAAGGUGAUGCAAAGGGCAAAGGAACCAAGAACAACGGCAACGUCCCAAUAAGUGCCGAGGAAGCGCUUCUGCUGGCUAAGGUCGACCGUGUUGAGAGGGACGUGCUCUUUGACAAAUAUGUUGCCGACCAGCAGUGGAGGAAUAAACGGGUAAUUCUUGAGAAGGAAUACGCUGCUGCGAGAGCGGAAGAGAAGAAGAAAGCGGCGGCAGCUGAAGGGCCCCCUGCUCCGCUGGAACCUGGGGACGUCAACGCAGAAGCGGAGCGUAUGGCAGCCGAGGUGCUAGCUCAGGAGACAGAUGAUGACGACGCUCUCGCCGACCUGUUUGCGUCCUUGCCAGUCAGUGAGGUUGAUCCAGUCACGGGCAAAACCAAUACUGUGGUGAACGGCGCAGAUGGAGCCAAGACCAUCAUUCGUGAUUUUGGGAAGUGGACUGGUGUGACCCCGAUGCGGGCUUUAGAAGAGGCUUGCAGAUCAAGGGACUCAUCCGUACGCAUCUCAUAUCAUCUCCUUUCCGACGUCGCAUUUGCAAACCGGCACGCUGUCAAUAUUGUGUGGUCGAAACCACAAGACAUGCCCGCUUCUUCUCCUGACAUCACGGGGCUCGAAACGUUCGCAUCGCCCACUCAGCUUGUUUACAAGAUGAUUUCGGUUGCCACUCCCGAUGCAAAGCAAUCUGAAGCCUUUAUCGCUACCACUGCACUUUUUUGCAUAUUCGGUUCCUCGGGCAAAGAGGAAAAGGUAGCUUUGAGGCUACCGGCUGCUUGGAAGGACUUGUGGAACGAGUACGCCGAGGCGAAGAAGAGCAAGGCCGAUGGUGAGGACCGAGAAAUCCUUCGGCACUUGCGCGAUCUCGUGCGGCAGAGGGUAGAACAGGAGCUCGAAGAUGGUGUUCUUAUUCAAGGUUUCAAGGGCCGUGGGCAGUCGAGGAAUCAGGCCGACUCGGACCAAUCGGACCAAGAACGGGCCAAGCGGCAACCUUUUGGACCCGAGUAUUAUCAGAACAUCUGGCUACACAAAGCUAGUUCGCCCAGGUUUCAACACAUGCUCCAAUCGCGUAUGCAGCUACCGAUGUGGCAAUUUCGACAGCAGGUUGUCGACGUGGUCGAACGUGAACAGGUGGUGAUCAUCUGUGGCGAGACGGGUUGUGGAAAGAGCACACAGGUACCUUCAUUCCUACUGGAACAUCAGUUACUUCAGGGCAAAUCGUGCAAGAUCUACUGCACGGAACCGCGGCGUAUCUCGGCCAUCUCGCUAGCACGCCGUGUGAGCGAGGAGCUCGGCGAAGGCAAAGGUGAUCUAGGGACGAACAGGUCGUUGGUUGGGUACUCCAUUCGGCUAGAGUCGAACACGGCAAGAGAGACGCGCCUUGUAUACGCCACUACUGGUAUUGUUAUGCGCAUGCUGGAGGGUUCCAACGACUUGCAAGACAUCACCCAUUUGGUCCUGGAUGAGGUACACGAACGGUCCAUCGAUAGCGACUUCCUCCUCAUUGUGCUGAAGAAAUUGCUGGUCAGGAGGAAGGAUCUCAAGGUUGUGCUCAUGUCAGCCACCGUGGAUGCCGAGCGAUUUUCCAAAUAUCUAGGCGGCGCUCCCGUCCUGACUGUUCCGGGGAGGACAUUUCCCGUACGCGUCGCGUACCUUGAGGAUGCGGUCGAACUAACGGGAUACACGGUUGACCAGAGGAGUCAGGAGAAGGUUACAGAGUUGGACGACGACGUGGAACCGGAGGUUGACGCAUCAUCCAAACCCGAACUGCUGAAGCAACUGAAAGGGUACUCGAACCGCACUCGGAACACGCUCACGCAGAUGGAUGAGUACAGGAUGGAGUACGACCUAAUUGUACAGUUGAUCUCGAGGAUAGCCACCGAUCCCAACUAUGCCACCUUCAGCAAGGCUAUCUUAGUUUUUCUUCCCGGUAUUGCCGAAAUUCGGACACUGAACGACCUACUUCUGGGCGAUCGGGCGUUUGCGGAGAACUGGCUGGUGUACCCAAUGCAUUCGACCAUUGCGAGCGAGGAGCAAGAAGCAGCUUUCUUAAUUCCUCCGCCUGGGAUACGCAAGAUUGUGCUCGCGACCAACAUUGCGGAAACUGGUAUCACGAUUCCGGAUGUGACUUGUGUCAUCGAUACCGGAAAACACCGCGAGAUGCGAUUCGACGAGCGAAGACAGUUGUCCCGCCUCAUCGACUCGUUCAUAUCCCGCGCCAACGCGAAACAGCGUCGUGGUCGUGCUGGUCGUGUGCAGGAGGGCCUUUGCUUCCACAUGUUCACCAAGUACCGCCACGAUACGUUGAUGAGUGAUCAGCAGACGCCUGAAAUGCUGCGUUUGUCUCUGCAAGACCUGGCCAUCCGCGUCAAGAUUUGCAAAAUUGGUGGAAUCGAAGAGACGCUGGGGGAGGCUUUAGAUCCUCCUUCAGCCAAGAAUAUCCGUCGGGCUAUCGAUGCCCUCGUGGAUGUUCGCGCAUUGACUGCAUCCACGGAGGAACUCACACCUCUCGGCCUCCAACUGGCCCGAUUGCCCCUCGAUGUGUUCCUCGGCAAGCUCAUUCUCAUGGGCGCCGUCUUCAAAUGCCUCGAUAUGGCCAUUACCGUGGCCGCUAUCCUUUCCUCUAAGUCUCCUUUUGUUGCCCCCUUUGGGCAGCGCAACCAGGCCGACACGAUCCGCCGGGGGUUCCGAAAAGGCGAUUCUGAUCUUCUCACUGUCUACAACGCGUACACGGCGUGGAAGCGAGUCUGCCAAUCAUCGACUUCGGGCGCCGCUGAGUUCCAAUUCUGCCGCAAAAACUUCCUUGCGCCGCAAACGCUUGCUAAUAUUGAAGACCUCAAAGGACAGCUGCUCGUGGCCGUCGCUGACUCGGGCUUCCUCCAGCUCACCGAGACGGAGCGACAGGCGCUCCGAAAGUUGCGCUUCAGCGGCCGCCGACGACAUCAGACCUUCUUUGACGUGCCCAAGCGUGUGGACAGCAACAGCGAUAACGAGGUGGUCGCGCAGUCGGUUAUCGCGUGGAGUUUCUACCCGAAACUCCUAGUGCGCGAUGUCGGCAGCAAGGGGCUGCGUAAUAUCGGGAACAACCAGUCCAUCAGUCUGCACCCGAGCAGUGUGAACAAGGGGUACAAUGAAAUGCGGUGGUUAAGUUAUUACCACAUCAUGCAGUCCAAGGCUUUUUACAACGCCCACGAAACCACUGCAACCGACCCCUUCGCCAUCGCCCUCCUGUGCGGCGAUGUGCGCGCCGACCUCUUCUCAGGCGUAUUUGUCCUCGACGGCAACCGCGCGCGCUUCGCGGCGCCCGACUGGAAGGCCAUGUUGGCCGUCAAAGUCCUGCGUGCCCGACUGCGCGAGAUGCUAACGCGCAGUUUCCGCAGUCCCGGAAAACUCCCCACGGCGCAGCACGAGCGAUGGUUGGAGGUGUGGCAGCGCGUGUUUGCUUUGGCGCAGGAGGGCCGGGAGAAGAGCGCUGCGGCGGCUGCGGCGGCGAACGCGGUGACGGCGUCUGCGAGUGCUGCUGGCGUGGGCGUGGUAAUAAAUAAGAGCGGGAGCAGUCCCGGGGAGCGUUAG